GUCUAUUGUGUCCUUUGGCAGGCAAUUUCACAAGCAAUGCGACAGCAGCAUCUUCUUCAACCGCAGAGAGCGGAGGUGCUGGUGGCGCAGGCACUUCCGUUAAGGCUUCUUGUGAAGAUGGACGGUCAGUGUAUGUGUAGACAGAAAGACGAGUAAUUCUUUCGUGAAUCAUCAAUCUUUUUCAAUUCAUGUCGCUAGGGCUGCGCCGCUUAGGACAAAGUAUUGCAGUAAGAUAAUUUGAAACAUGAAGAUGGACUGGUCAUGCUCUAACAGCUAUAGUGCGACUGCUGGCUCGGAUCAAGGUAGUACUAGUGGUAGUGGGGGAGCCUCCUCUUCCACGUAUGAAGGAAGUGCCGCAGCAGGCUCUUCUGGUGGGGUCGUGUUUCCAUCAACGCCGACAACGACAACAACAAUUAAGGCUACCUGUAUAGUGCAUCUUCACACGCAUCCUUAAAUAGUGUGUAUAGUGUAAUCCUAUUAAUGCAUGACCUGAGAGGCGUCCGCAUCCUGGAGAGGCUUUUCAAUGAAAAAGAAUGCGCUUUCAAAAGCAAAAGGGCUUGUCCAGGAUGUGACUGUCUAGUAGUGGAGGUCUGUUCAACUACGCAGAGGCUGAAUUGUUGGAACCUAAGUAAGUAAAAGUACUUCAUACAGGAUAUGGAUAGGCUCUACCCAUCUCCCACUCUCUAAGAAGUCGAGUUAUGGUGUGGAGUGUCUACGAUCUGGCAGCAGCAGUAGUUCUCUAUCCUCGGCAAGUGGAGGCCACAGCUCGGCCCCAGUGCAGUGAUUGAGCAGUACGAGGGAGGGAUAUGCCGCGAAUGGGAGACGUCGUUGCCCCAGCGGGUUAGCCCGGGUGACACCCAAGUUGCUCUCGUGUCCAUUCACGUUGAUACAGUUAAGACAAGACAAUGGGGAGGCUGUUGCACAAGUAAAAGCAGGUAGAGAGUCGAAUACUCGUCAGAAAGAUAGUUCAAAGUCAAAUUGUUUCCUUGAAGACGUGCUAGAGUGGUGGAAAGCGUUAUUUUUUUUGGCGCACGUCUUUUUCUAUAUAUCUUCUAGACGAAAUCUAAGUAGAUAAAUAGACUUGCGGAUAAAUUCUGAUAGUUAGACCGCGAUGAAUAGGUGGGUCUAAUAUACUGCAGACGAUUUCGCUGCGAUUCAAAUUGCCCAUGGUGAGACAGGCAGGCUCCUUGCGGUCUGACAUUAAAGAUUUAUGAUUGGGAAAUACGACUCUGCUCUUGAAUCCGUAUUGAAUCUUCAUCAGCGGAAUAUCUACACAAAGAAUCCUCUUGAACAAUCUUUGAUACUGAGUCUUCAUCAGCAGAAUAUCUUGAGAGAAAAUUCAUCAAAUAGGCUCCGGAAGUCGGAACUUUUUGCUUCUAAUCAUAGCACAAGACGAAGGAAUUCUGAUGGCUCCGCCUUUGCGACGUCUACCUGUCGAGGAGCCGAGGGCAUCUUCAGAGCACACCACUGAAGCAGCUUCAACUUCUUCUUCACAAACUUCUUCUUCUUCAAAAACUACAUCAAGUCCUUCUGGCAGGACAACAUCAUCGUCAAAGAGGACCAAGAGUAGAAGAAGGAAGCUGCCGAUUCCUGGUGCCGUCACGAAGCAGUCAGCAGGGACGAUAUUUGGUCUGCAUGAGAGGUAGAUGACGAGGUAGACGUCGGCGCUUUCCAGGUAGGUAGGAUAAUGAUAAAGCUUGACCCCACUGAGGUAGAGGCGGCUAUGGAGGUAGGAGGUGGGUCGGAGAAGAAAUGUUGAAAGUUGAGUUUAGAUAUUUUCAAAUUUGGGACAUCGCUUUUCAGGUUG